CUCCCGCUCCCGCUCCAGCUGGCGGCGGCGGCGGCGGCGAUUGUUUUUGUUGUCGCCGAGGCCGGAAGAGCCGUGAGAGAAGCCGGGUCCCUGUCCCCGGGCCGGGCGCCGCCGCCGCCGCCGCCGCCCCCUGCCCAGAGCCCGCGUCUUCGCGGCGCAGCUUCAGCGCCAAUAUUCCCGAGAGCAAGCGUUACGCGGCGGCGGCGGCGGCGGCGGCGGGGCCCGGAGCGGGAGGCGCCGGGGACCGGAGCGAGGCAGCCCCUGUCGCCGCCAUGGAGGCGCUGGGACCCGGACCUCCAGCCAGCCUCUUCCAGCCACCUCGUCGUCCUGGCCUUGGAACUGUUGGGAAGCCAAUUCGACUGUUAGCCAAUCAUUUUCAGGUUCAGAUCCCUAAAAUAGAUGUGUAUCACUAUGAUGUGGAUAUUAAACCAGAAAAACGGCCUCGCAGAGUCAACAGGGAGGUAGUAGACACUAUGGUGCGUCACUUCAAGAUGCAGAUAUUUGGGGAUCGGCAGCCUGGCUAUGAUGGGAAAAGAAACAUGUACACAGCACAUCCACUGCCAAUUGGACGGGACAGGGUUGACAUGGAGGUGACCCUUCCAGGUGAGGGUAAAGACCAAACUUUCAAAGUAUCUGUGCAGUGGGUGUCAGUUGUGAGCCUUCAGUUGCUUCUAGAAGCUUUAGCUGGGCACCUGAAUGAAGUCCCGGACGACUCAGUCCAAGCACUUGACGUUAUUACAAGGCAUCUCCCCUCUAUGCGGUACACUCCUGUGGGCCGUUCUUUUUUCUCACCUCCUGAAGGUUAUUACCACCCUCUGGGAGGUGGCAGAGAGGUCUGGUUCGGCUUUCACCAGUCUGUGAGACCUGCCAUGUGGAAUAUGAUGCUCAAUAUUGAUGUAUCUGCAACUGCUUUCUACCGGGCCCAGCCUAUCAUUGAGUUCAUGUGUGAGGUUUUAGAUAUUCAGAACAUCAAUGAACAAACAAAACCUCUAACAGACUCCCAGCGUGUCAAGUUUACCAAAGAAAUUAGAGGUCUCAAAGUUGAGGUGACUCACUGUGGGCAGAUGAAACGAAAAUAUCGAGUUUGUAAUGUCACAAGACGACCAGCCAGUCAUCAAACCUUUCCUCUGCAGCUAGAAAACGGUCAAGCUAUGGAAUGUACAGUAGCUCAGUAUUUUAAACAAAAGUAUAGUCUGCAGCUGAAGUACCCCCAUCUUCCCUGUCUUCAAGUGGGACAAGAGCAAAAGCAUACAUACUUGCCACUUGAGGUCUGUAAUAUAGUGGCAGGGCAGAGAUGUAUAAAGAAGCUCACAGACAAUCAGACAUCCACAAUGAUCAAAGCCACAGCAAGAUCUGCUCCUGACAGACAGGAGGAAAUCAGUAGACUGGUCAAGAGCAGCAGCAUGGUGGGUGGACCUGACCCCUACCUGAAGGAGUUUGGGAUUGUUGUCCACAAUGAGAUGACGGAGCUCACAGGCAGGGUGCUUCCAGCUCCUAUGCUGCAGUACGGAGGCCGGAAUAAAACAGUAGCCACACCCAACCAGGGUGUCUGGGACAUGCGAGGAAAGCAGUUUUAUGCUGGCAUUGAGAUUAAAGUUUGGGCAGUGGCUUGUUUUGCGCCUCAGAAACAAUGUAGGGAAGAUUUACUAAAGAGUUUCACUGACCAACUUCGUAAAAUCUCCAAGGAUGCAGGGAUGCCCAUCCAGGGUCAGCCAUGUUUCUGCAAGUACGCUCAAGGUGCAGACAGUGUGGAGCCCAUGUUUAAACAUCUGAAAAUGACAUAUGUGGGCCUGCAGCUAAUAGUGGUUAUCUUGCCUGGAAAGACACCAGUAUAUGCGGAAGUGAAGCGUGUUGGAGAUACCCUUUUAGGUAUGGCCACACAGUGUGUCCAGGUCAAAAACGUUGUGAAGACCUCACCCCAAACCCUUUCCAACCUUUGCCUGAAGAUAAACGCAAAGCUUGGAGGAAUUAACAAUGUACUUGUACCUCAUCAAAGGCCCUCAGUGUUCCAGCAGCCUGUCAUUUUCCUGGGAGCAGAUGUCACUCAUCCGCCUGCUGGGGAUGGGAAGAAGCCUUCUAUUGCAGCUGUGGUGGGCAGCAUGGACGGCCACCCCAGCCGGUAUUGUGCCACAGUUCGGGUGCAGACGUCUCGGCAGGAGAUUGCUCAGGAGCUCCUCUACAGUCAGGAGGUUGUGCAGGAUCUGACGAGCAUGACUCGGGAGCUACUGAUUCAGUUCUACAAGUCCACACGCUUCAAGCCCACUCGUAUUAUCUACUACCGUGGAGGGGUGUCCGAGGGGCAGAUGAAACAGGUAGCCUGGCCAGAGCUAUUAGCAAUUCGAAAGGCAUGUAUAAGCUUGGAAGAAGACUAUCGGCCUGGAAUAACCUACAUUGUGGUGCAAAAGAGACAUCACACUCGACUCUUCUGUGCAGAUAAAACAGAAAGGGUGGGGAAAAGCGGCAAUGUCCCAGCAGGCACUACGGUGGACAGUACCAUCACACAUCCAUCUGAGUUUGACUUUUACCUCUGUAGUCAUGCAGGAAUUCAGGGAACCAGCCGUCCUUCACAUUACCAGGUCUUGUGGGAUGACAAUUGCUUCACUGCAGAUGAACUCCAGCUGCUGACUUACGAGCUCUGUCACACCUACGUGAGGUGCACGCGCUCCGUCUCCAUUCCUGCCCCUGCAUAUUAUGCCCGGCUGGUAGCAUUUCGGGCAAGGUAUCAUUUGGUGGAUAAAGAUCAUGACAGUGCGGAAGGCAGUCAUAUGUCAGGACAGAGCAACGGCCGGGACCCUCAGGCCUUGGCUAAGGCUGUGCAGAUCCACCACGAUACCCAGCACACUAUGUAUUUUGCCUGAGAGUCUUGGAAAAGAACUCAACCAAUUUGGCAUCCCACACAUCCUCAAGUGUUUCAGAUGCCUACUGCCUCUAGAUGGUGCCACGUUGAUUUCAAGUGGUCCCUACCAGCAGCUCAGAAUAGAUAGUUGCACUGAAUCUGUACUUUGCAGCCCUGUCUGAUGCAUCAACAAAAUUGAGCCAUUUAAAAAAAAAAAAAAAAAAGGAAAAAAAAAAGAGAGAGAGAAAUAGAAACUCAUAGAUUGUGUUUUCUGAUGCACUGGACAAAAUUUUUACCUCAACGUGCAAAGGCUGAUCAGCCUUUACUUUCUAAAGGACUUACUUUCCUAGGAGGGUUUCUAUGGGAUAUUUUGCUAGCUGUGGUAUUCACCGCAUCUAGUCUUAUAAGAGGAAUAUUUCCUGUUUCCUGUGUUCAUUGAGUGGGGUGUAUGCAUAAGUGGGAGAGAAAAACCAAACGACCUGUUUCAUUUCCAUGUAACUUUUUAAUUGGGUGGGUCCAUAGACUUUUUAAUGGAGAUUUCUGACUUCACCACUGUAAAUGCCUUUAAGGAGCAUUAAUUUUUGAAAGUUUUACAGAACUUUAUUACUUCCACUGCUUUAUCUUACUGAUCUCUUUGGGCCUGUGCUGUGGAGUACAGGCUGCCUGACAAUUGCACUAUAUUUGGCUGCAGAUUCGAACAGGCAGUUCUCUACUUGGCUGGCUUUUGUGACUGCGACAUAAGCACAUGUGAUGUGUGUCUUGGGGACACCUAACACUGCCAUGGUAAAAAGUAAAAGCUCUCCCUAUUUGGAAAAAAAAAAUUAGCUUUUAGUAUUUUUCCAAGUUUUUGAAAGUGCCCAUUUUAUGCUGCUAUGUGGUUGGUUAGCUCUAAAUGAUUUUUAGACUUCUCUCAUAGAAAGUUAACUUUGGCAAUAAGCGUUUUUAAGACCCCGUCCCCUUUCUCCCUGACAAGGUAGUUUUCUAGAUGAAAUUUUAGUAUGAUUUUAUCAACUAUUUCUUAAUAUAUCAUAACCUGAAUAUUCUGAAACACAUAUAUUUCCAUGCCCUUUAAAAUAACUAUUUGGAUUGUUGUUUUUUUUAAAACCUAUUUUAUAGUCAUAGUCUGUGUCCUGUCACUUUUUUUUUUUCCUUUUAAAAUAAGCUGGAAUCAGGAUGCUUCCUGAUUGGCCAGGCUUUGCCAAUUUAUAAGGCACAUUGAGUGAUGCUGCACUUAAAAAAAGGACCAGCAUGUAAAACCUUCGCUUUCCCUGGGAAUCAAGGCUGUACACACAGCUGCUUACAGUACAGUUCUGUUUGCUCUUCUUUUAGCCUGAAAUGUGCUUGGGGCCUUUGCCGUCCUCUUUUUCACCUAACAAUGUGUAGAAGAAGUUGAUUUUUUUCCCCCUUUUCUAUAGAUUCUGGAUUCCCUCAUAGGAAGACAGGACUCCUUGUCCAACAAAGGGAGUUGAUGUAAAGUGAGCAUCAGUUAGAACAUAGGGAAGAUGUAUUCUGUAGUUAGUGUAGAUAACAACUUUGUAAAGGACAAUGCUACACAGUCUAGGCAGCUCUAACCAUGGUUUGCCAGCCCACAUUUCAUUCUGUCCUGGAAGGCCGAGGAGUGAAAGGUAAGAGGCUCUCUGGAGAACCUCACUUCUCCAGGCUGAGGAAGGGGCUGGGGAAGAGACAGGCACAAUAUACUAAAACAAUUCUGUCGUCUAGAAACUGUUGUUGAGAAACACUGGAUCAGAUGGGGAAGGAGGGGUGUUUGCUUGAACUCACUGGUCAGUCUAAGGUCCAAAUCUUUUAAACUAGCCUUCUCAAAAAUGCCAGCAAUAUGAAGCACUGUUCUCCUUCAGUCUUUUCUACAAGCCUGUAAAUACAUUAAUGUUUACAUUUCCACGUGCGGUUGCUUAGCGGUGCCACCAGUGUUGGCUGAGCUGGUCUCCCAGAGUUUUAUAAUGUCACCAAGUCCUAUAGCACACAUGAGGAUGAGUGCAGACAUCCUUAGUCUCUACGGACAGUGGGGAAAAGCAAGUCCUGAGGCUGAAGCACGAUGUAGGCAGGCGUGAAGAGACGGCAGAUGCUCACUCCUUAAGAUUUUCCUUUUUUUUUUUUCCAAAUACCUCACUUGGAUAAUACAAAUCAGGACAUGUUGAUGAGUGGCUGGCUGCCACUUUUAUUCACACUUGUUCAGGGAGAGCACAGAAAAUAUGCUUCAGCAUGGCCACUGUGGACCCAAGAGGACCCAAGAGAAGGGGAAAAAAGGAGUUUUUAAGAAGGAGGACUCGCCUGGGACUGUGAUGUGAAUGAACUCUUGGUGGCUGGCUAGCUGGCUGUCCGGCCAGCAGGCACCAUACCUGCACUUGAGUGCCUCAGGUUUGCUGGUUAACAAACAACGCACAGAAGAAACCCAUGCCAUCUUCCUUCACGAUGGAACAGGGAGCAGGCUGGGUAUCCAGAAGCCCCGAUCCACUUGUCUGCAGUUGGGCUCUAUUCUUGACCUUGAACAGAGUGUCUGAAACACCUCAGUCUGUCCUAGUUCGCUGGGCCAUCUGCGUGGUGGAAGAAAAGCCAGGAGGCCAGCUUUUGUAGGAAAACAGUUCCAUGAAAGGCGUGAUGCUGUUGUUUUGGACAAAUGGAAAGAAAUAUGGAAGAAUUGGGAUUGUUGGGGGAAAACUUGCUGAUGGAUGAGUAGUUAAGAGGCGAUCCCUGCAGAAUCAGAACUGCAGUAAUACUAUCACCAGCAAAUCUGAAUGCAUAGUUUAAACUUAAUUAGGGUUGACAAUUCAAAUAGUUACCCCCCCCCCAAACUGACUGAAUUGUUAUGCAUGUGUCAAUCAAUGGGAGGUGUGCAUUCUCUAGAAGUAGUGUUGGGCUGUUUGGCUUUCUUAGACGCAGCCUGCUUAGGCACUGGAUGUAGUGGAAGGCUGCAGUGCAGCAGCGCUGAAGAACAACAGUUCGGGGCCAGGAAGCACAGAGGACACUGAGAGUGGGAAGACCGAUGUGGAGCCAAUUGCGUUCUGUUGUUGUCGAGUCCCGAGCCGUUUAUAAAGGGAACCAGCUGGCUUGCUGCAGCCAGCGUUCUGGGCAGGAGAACCACUUUCAUUCUUACUGUAAACUCUACAUGCUGCUUUGCUUCCAAAGGUGAUGAUCUACAAGCAGGCAUGUCCUAUAUGGUCUGUAUCUUAGAAUCUGGUGCCCAACCUAUAUCCUAUAGCAGAGCUUACCCACUUGGCUCAGCUGCCUACUCCUUCACAUGGGAAAAGGUAAUCCACUAUUUUUUAACAAGGCUCACCCUCUCUACCCUAGUCACCCUCUGUGGAUAUACUAUAAGAUUCUCUUGCUCAUUAGCAAGGUGGCAGCUCAGCUUUCAUUUUAAGAAAGCAGAGGUUAAGGGCAUUGUAUUAAUAUUGCUUCAACUCCAAGAAUUUUUUAUUGUAAAAUUAAAGGAAAGAUCUUUAUUGGCCAACCAUUUUCUUUUCCUUGCUAUUGACAUACUCAUGUUCUUUCUAAGUCUACUGGCUGGAAAUGUUUGUAUUUGUUCAUCUGACUAAUGGUAUGGUUUUUGUUUCUCUAUGGUUAGAGCUGUAAUGUUUUAAAAUGUAUCUUAUUAAUUUGGACUGGAUGUCUGUCUCUAGCAAUACGAGGUACUUUCUAAGCUAUUAAGGAAGGGUUUGUAUCCCUGUGUGAGAUAAGGUGAUGGUUGUUUGUUUAAAAUUUUGGUCUGCAGGGAUAUUUUGUGUUCAUGUGUCC